AUGCACAAACUCUCAAAUUUCCCGGCACAAGCCCGGCACGGCUGGGAGAAGAUGACCCCCUCGACCGGCUUCUCGUUCUCGAGGUCCAACCACGAAAUGCCCGUCACAGCUCCGAUCAAGCGGCCCUCGACCGCAACCUCAGCCCCGCCCGUCAUACCGCCCGGCACCCAGGUCAAUCUCUCCUUCAACGUGCCCUUUUCUUCCAAUCUCGCUGGCCCCGACCCGGACGACAUCAUGUGGGCCAGCCCUGGGGCAAAAGCGCGAUGGACCCAUCCGGAAGGCACGGCAGAUUCGACGCCCACACACAAACUGCCUGUACACGCCCAAAACGUCGACAACCUGCGCAACCUGUGUCGAGAGGUGAGCGAGCAGACGGACGGACGCGUGUCCGCCGUUGUCACGUCCGCAGAGUCCAAGCCGCUUCCUGGCCUGCAGCGGGGCCCGUUGCGGGCCCUCGUCACCAACGUCUGUCUAUCUGGCGAACUCGAGAUUGUCAACUCGAUGCGCUGCCGGAUCCUCAACUCGACGCCCAUUUCUCUGCGAUCAUCCUUUGUCGAUAUUGAUUCGCAGCUCAUCAUAGAUCCGCCUACGCAAAAUGUCCGAGGUGCUGUGCUCAACCAGCUCGAUCUCAUUGCCAAGGCGACCAAAGCCGACAUAUUCCUGCUCAUGCCCAAGCAGCCCGACAUUGAGACGGCCAGCUUCCACGGCAACAUCGAUACCGGAGCCGACCCGCGCCUUCGAUGCGCCAUCUACGGAGACCUCGAGACCAUGGAGCACGCAAAGACGCGAGUGCUGAUUAUGAUCGACCAGAUUCUUAAGCGAUGUGUUGAUACCAUGAAGCUGGAACUGACCAUGCAUACCCUGAUAUGUGGACGUGGACGCAAGAACAUCAAGAUGAUUGAGUCAGCUACAGGCACCGCCAUCUACUUCCCCCCGCCAUUUCCGCGCUUGUUCGGCUAUACGCCACCGGGUGCCCAGCGCCGUCCCGACGAUCUAGUCUACAUUACGGGAGAAAACUCCGAGAACAUAUUGCGCGCUAAGCAGCGCCUGCAUGAUCUGGUCAUGUCUACCAAAGUCUUUGUGAAGCCCGUCAUGGUCACUGACACUAAGCUCGAUGCUAUUCUGCUCGAACGUCUUGACAAAGUCCGCAAGAUCAUCGAGAACAACGGAUCGUACAUCCUGCUACCUCCUCUUGGUGUUCAGCGUGGUGUUGUGCGCGUACAGGGCACCGACGUUUUGCACGUUGAGCGCACUGUACGCGAGCUUAUGCAACUUGCCGGCCAGUUUUACAGUGCAUCGUGGUUCAUCACUCACCCUGACCCUACGCAACGUCCUCCCACUCCAGCUGACGUUCGUGCUAUGCUCUCCGACAUCUGCAUCAACUCUGGUGCCGAAGUCAGUUUUGAGAAGCUCAACUUCCAUAUCUAUGGAUCUGAUGAUGCUGUACGAGCUGCUCUCAUGGUUAUCAGUAACAUCCCCUUUGUGAAGAAGUCGCAGUACAACAUGAGCGUCAAGAUUGAGCUUGCCAACGAACACAAGGAGUUUGUCAGCGGCAAGAAAAAUGGCAAGAUUAACAAGAUUAUGAGUCACAGUAGUGUCCAGAUUGUCUUUGAUGGCUUCAAUGAGUACAACUUCUACAUUGUAGUCCGUGGCGCCCAGUACGAAGCCACAAAGAAUGGUCUCGAUCUUGUAGAGCAGGAGAUGCCCGCAUCCAUCUCCUUCCAUGUACCUGACCAGUACCACAAGCGCAUUAUUGGCAUCGGCGGUCAGCAUAUCCAACGCAUCAUGAAGAAGUAUUCCGUCUUCGUCAAGUUCUCCAAUGCCAUGGAUCGUGGUGGGUUCGGCAAAGAAGAAGACGACAUCAAGGUCGACAAUGUCAUCUGCCGCACACCUGCGCGUAACGCUCAGAACCUAGACCUCGUCAAGCAAGAGAUCAUGGACAUGGUCGAGAAGGCUGAUGCCGAAUUCGUCUCUGAGACUAUCAACAUCAACCGCUUGUACCACCGUGAGCUCAUUGCCCACCUAGACAAGAUCGACGAGUUAGAGAAGAAGUUCAACUGCAAGAUCACCUUCCCUAGCACUGAGGAGGCUAGCGACAUUGUUACUGUGUCUGGCCCUGAGUACCAGGUGCCAUUCGCAGUCGACGAGUUCUUGGGCAUGGUGCCAGAAUCUCACGAUCUUGCCUUCCCUUCAACCACUGGGCUCAGCGAGCACAUUCGCUCCGCAGAAUUCAAGGCUGAGAUUCUCGACAAGCUCAAGACUCAACAUGAGGUCGAUGCCCAGCUCCAGCCAGCUCAGACUGAAACCACUGAUAGCAAAGAAGAGCAGGUUGAGGCUUUCCACAUUGUCUUCACUCGCAACAAUGCCGGUGGCUUGAAGGAUGCAAUUGACUUCUUGCUCAAUCACCUUGUCAUGCACGGGCUGGAUACUAACACGGUUCGUGGCGCGCUUCCACGUCCCAAGUCUGACUCUUUUGAAGACUCCUUGCCCUUCUUUGAGUCGAAGCUUCUACAGCGUGCCGAGCCUGCUGUCGACAGCACAGACUCUCCCACUCGCUCUCACUUUGGUGGUGAUGAUGAGCCUCGUGGUAUGCUGGACCGCCUUCGCAAGCCAGGCAGCAUGUCAUCGUUCACGUCCAUUUUCAACGGACGUAAAAAUACCAAUUCACCCGGAUCGCUCUUCAAGCAUGCUUCUAGCAACGCUUCCAAGGCAUCCCUUGCCAGUCUAGAGUCCACCGGUAGCUACCGCAACCCGUGGAACGACAGCGGCAUCAACUUAGCAGACGAUGAGCACCACACCAACGGCUGGCCCAUGCCAGCCCCUCGUUUUGAGUCCAAGUUUCCUUUUGGUUCCUCUUCCGCGGCGUCUGGGGACGUGACUCCCCGGUACGAUCCGCGGGGCUCCGUGGACAGCGGGCGCCCUAGCACUUCUCAUUCUGCAUCUGGAUACCCGGCCCCUAUUGGGCCUCCUCGUUAA